AUGGCCGAGCACGUUGCCCACCCCAUCGAGAAGGACGAGCAUGUUGCUGCUCCUACCAAUGGCCUGCACCAUGGCGGAAUCAGGUACCAUGAGCAGCCCGGGUCCAUGAUCCACCCCAGCACGAUCAUGCUCGAGCACCGAAAGUUCGCCAACCCUGCUCCUCUCGGUCUCUGCGCUUUCGCCCUCACCACGUUUGUCCUGUCUGCCGUGAACAUGCACGCUCGUGGUGUCACCGCCCCCAACAUCGCCCUCCCCUUGCCUUUGGCUAUGGUGGUCUCGUCCAGCUCCUGGCUGGCAUGUGCGCUCGCGGUACAGGAAAUGGCUGUCGGUAACACAUUCGGUGCCACUGCUCUCUCGUCCUAUGGUGGUUUCUGGAUUGCCUACGGUCUUCUCAUCUCUCCCGGCUUCAACAUCAUCAACACCGAGGUUGGCCCCUACAAGGCUCACCCCUCCGAUGUUGGUUCCGUUGUCGGCUUCUUCUUGACUGGCUGGUUCAUCUUCACCACGCUCUUGCUGCUCUGCACCCUCAAGUCCACCGUCAUGUUCUUCCUCCUCUUCUUUACCCUUGACUUGGCCUUCCUCUUCCUCGCCUGCGAAAACUACGCCGCCAACCUCGGUGCUGCCGAGGCCAAGAACGCCCUUCAGAUUUGCGGUGGUGUGUUUGGUCCCCGUCUUCCCCUUCCCUGGUCUGACAAGGCCAAGGCCGAUCGCGCCGCCAAGGACCACACCGUCUAA